UGCUUCCGCCUUAAAUAAUAUUUUGACACUGUUGAGCCGAUAAACUGUUUCCUUGUUUGAUUUGUAACACAACAGCUUGUAGACUUACAAUGACAUAGACUGACAUAUAUUCCUUUGAAAUGAAGGAAACUUAGUCAAGUUCAGGUACAGGGAACGAUGUCUUUCAUAAAAGAAGUUCUGAAAGCUAUAGUCAUUCAACCUCUUUCAGUUGGGAACACUAGACAAUCAGGUGAUAAGACGGUAACAGAUGGAAAUGUGUCGUCUGCUGUGCUUUUCGCCUGUUUCCUAGCCAUAAUUUUGGUAAUCAUAGGCGUGUUUGGACCUUUAUCGGUUUCUCACAACGUUUCGAAGAUUUUGUUAUGGUCCCUUACUGUUGGAUUAAUAUUGACAAGUCUGAUUUGCGUUAUCUUCCUUACCUUAAUGAUAUUUCGAAACAAGAGGAACUGGGUGGACCUUCGCUCCGAGAGCUCUGACCUAGCCACCAGGUUAAAGAUAAAGUUCCUGUGGUUGUUCGGCUGUGGAAUGAUACUACAGACCUCUCUCACAGCUGCUAUAAACGUUGACUGUCUUAGUGUUGACAAAAUUCCUAUAUACCAUAGCUUAAGCAUAGUGACAUCACUGUGUAAAAUUGUAUAUGUAGUUUGGCAGAUGGGGUUCAUAACCUAUCUUCAGAACUCCAUAUUUGUCAGCAGAAAGAUGGUGAAUUAUUCAGUAGCUGUGAUGAUAAUCUGUAAUAUAUCGAUAUGGUGUCGACUUGUAUCGGAUGAAAUUACACAUUCACUUAUGAAUGAAACGAACAGCGAUCUAAUUUAUAACAACUCCUUGGAUUCAGCGUGUUAUAUAAAGUCAAAAAUUCACAAAUUCACGUCAAAAAUUCAACCAUAUUUAAUCCCUGUUAGAAUCGAAUACCUGCUUCUAGCCUCGAUAUUUGUGUUUCGAAUGUGGCCAACUUUUCGAGUCUCUGAAUCACAAGGACUAGAAGAACUCAAUAAUACAUUAGAACACAACCAUGAAAGAGAACGUAUGACAUUGAUAGCCGCAGCUAUAUGCGGGGCUGUCACAAACUUGCCCUUUUUCAUUCAAACUCUGCUAAUGGCAACCGUGUAUAAGGGAAACACUGGAAUUCCGUUUCAAAUUUGGCAUUUUAUUGUUUCUGUACAUAAUGUGAUUAAUUUGAUUUUGAUUUUCGUCUGCUUUCACCUUCUCCGAAGAACAGCUAAGGUCAAAACAAACGUUUGGCGCCCCGGUGCAUCUGAGUAUAUCUUGCUUUUGACCAAUACAGGACAGGCCGCUGAUGAUACCUUCGGAAUAAUUGCAGCCAGUGGAUGCUAUUGUUCUAAAAACGCAGCAGUACAAGUUGCUGAAGUUUCAUCUCUGCUACAAUCCUUUUUCCAGACAAUUUUCAUUUUAGAUUCAGCACGUUAUGAACAAGAGAUAGUCAGUUUUCCAUCCAGGAUUCUACGUUUUACUUUGAUUUAUUUGUUCAUUUCAAAUCUCAGUUUUUGGUUCACAGCAACAUUCAUUGGGCUGGAUGGCCAAGUUAUUUCUGAGGGUCAAAGUGUAAUGUUCAAAGACAAAGCAACUUGGGGUGUUCUGCAGACCAUAGUUUAUCCAUUGUUUAUGUUCUUUAGAUUCCACUCAGCUAUGUAUUUUUACAGUCUUUUUCAUAGAUUUUCCUAAAAAUAACAUAUUUUUUGCUGUUAAAUAUAUCAAAGUCAAUGUGUAAUGCUGUUUUUUUUCUGAUCAACAUGUGUUUGAGGAUAUUGAAUAGUUUGUUGCAAUGUGUUUUCUUUUCCGUUCUGUUCUUCAGAACCACAGGAACAGUUUCAAAUUAAAUGAUAUAUUGUCCUAUGGAACUAAAGAUGAAAGAAAAAUUCAAUUUUAGAAUUAAAAAAAUGAUAAAAAUCAAUUAAAAACUAUCUAUUUCAAACACGCCUCCAAAAUGUGGGGGGGAAAAAUAUUAUUGCAGUUACCUCGGUUGUUAACUAAUUCAUUGAAGUCUUUCAAAACGCAUUAACAGAUUUGUUAAAUGAUAUGUUUAAAAAGAAAAUAUUUGGGCAACGUGACAAAUUGUACAUUGCUUUAGUUGAUCCAUUCUUUGACUUGUUAUAUCUAGGUUAUCUAAUUAGUUUGUUUCAACAGAGCAGAAUAGUAUGUACUCUCUCGCUUAUGUAGUAUUAAGGUCAAACGAAACGUUCUUCUAUAUUACGUACAUGUUUCAUCGACGUAUUUCCACUGAAACAAGUUUCCUAAAAAAAAAAAAAUAAGAUACCUUACCAGGCAUUUGCGUAAGAUAUCAGAAGAUGAUGUCUCGUAUAGUAUUCUCUUAGAAAUUGUUUGUAUUGCCAAUGCAACAAUAUGUUGUGUACUUAAUUUUCAAGACACUUUGAAAACCCAUGAUGAAAAAUUCAUGAUGAAGGAUAUGAAUAAUUUUUGUUAUAUUAUAAGGAGAUACAUAAAAAAUUUUGAGGAAUGUCGUUAUAUCUUUAUAAAGUAAGUGUUAUGAUGAUUUUUUUGUUUGUUACAGUGUAAGAACUAAAUAAAAAAAAU